AUGGGACACAGGACCUUCGAGAAAGGCAUUGGGGCUCUGAUGUUGAAGGUAGCGCCGAACCUGGUCGCCCCCAAGGCGAUUGCGGCUCGGAAGAGGAUGAACGAGCUUCUUCAGCCCUUCUACAAAGCGCGCGAGGACGAGAACCCGGACGUGGCCAAGAUCCUCCAAGAGCGAGCCGGCUUUUUCCGCGAGCUGGGCAUGCCGUCCGCGGACCUCCCUUUGAUCGAGUUCUUGAUCCCGUUCGCGGCGAUCCUGAACACGGCGCCGAACCUGUUCUGGACAUUUGCCGAGGUGUUUUCCGAGCCGGCCCACGUCGAGCGCAUCCGGCGGGAAGUGCUACCGCUGGCGGUCGUGGCGGACACCGACAACCGAGGCCGAGUCGCGACGAUCGACGCCAGGGCGCUGGAGGCCGGCUGCCCCUUUCUGCACGCCUGCUUCCGCGAGGUCCUGAGGCUGUACAGCGCGCAGAUCGGCAACCGGCGGGUUAUGGAGGACGCGACGCUCGAGGACGCGGACGGCCGGCAGUACCUGCUGAAGAAGGGCACCAACAUGCAGUGGUCGGCGAGCGUCACCCACUUCAUGCCCGAGGUCUGGGGCGACGACGCCGCCCUGUUCCGGCCGGAGCGCUUCUUCGACGUCGAUUCCCGGCAGGAAAAGCGGAGGCGCGGCGCGCUGAUCCCUUCGGCGGCGGCCGCCACCUGUGCCCCGGCCGGUACUUUGCCCAGACCGAGACGCUCGGCUUCGUCGGUGCCCUGGCUCUCGGCUUCGACGUGA